AUGGUCGUUGUUUGUGGUGCUGCUGGUGGAAUCGGCCAGCCCUUGUCGCUGUUGCUGAAGCAGUCGGACUUGAUCACGCACUUGGCUCUCUACGAUAUCGUCAAUGCUGCCGGAGUGGCCGCGGAUCUGUCCCAUAUCAACACUCCAUCUAAAGUAACAGGACAUGUGGGCAAGGAUGCCUUGGCAGAAGCCCUCAGUGGUGCCCAUACUGUUGUCAUCCCUGCUGGAGUUCCCCGUAAGCCUGGCAUGACCCGAGAUGAUCUCUUCAAGGUCAAUGCCGGGAUUGUGCGCGAUCUUGCGGAGGCUUGCGCGAAACAUUGCCCAAAGGCCUUUAUUCUCGUCAUCUCGAACCCUGUCAACUCGACUGUGCCCAUUGUGUGUGAGGUCUUCAAGAAGGCCGGAGUUUUUGACCCAAGAAAAGUAUUUGGUGUUACGACUCUCGAUGUCGUCCGGUCAUCAACCUUUGUCAACCACAUCAAGCCCCAAUUCGAGCCCCAGUCCAACAGGAUCACCGUCGUCGGCGGACACAGUGGCGCGACCAUCGUCCCUCUCCUCUCCCAGAUCAAGCAGGUCACCUUCACACCCGCGGAGAUCAAGGCCCUCACCAACCGUAUCCAAUUCGGAGGUGACGAGGUUGUCAAGGCCAAGGACGGCGCAGGAUCCGCCACUCUCUCGAUGGCCCAUGCCGGCGCACGCUUUACUAUUUCUCUCCUUGAGGCCUCUGUCAGUGGCAAACGCGGUCUGGUCGAGUCAACUUACAUCCACUUGAAGGGCAACGCGGGUGCAGAGUGGAACGCACGCUCGACUGGGUUGGAGUAUUUUGCUCAAGAUGUCGAGUUGGGCCCUGAGGGUGUUGCCAAUGUGUUGGCGUUGCCGGAUCUGUCGGCCGAGGAGGACGCGUUGGUCAAGAUUGCUAUUGGUGAGCUCAAGGGCAACAUUACCAAGGGCGUUGGCUUUGUCACCGCUAUCCCCGCCGCCAAGUUGUAA